AUGCCGGUGUACAAAAUAUGUUCAAUACCCGUGUCGUUUCCAUACGAGGCAUAUGACUGCCAGAUUGUGUACAUGACUAAAGUCAUGCAGUCACUCCUUCAGGGGGGAAACGGACUGCUGGAAUCGCCGACGGGGACGGGGAAGACGCUUUGCCUGCUCUGCGCGUCCUUGGCGUGGCAGGCGAGCCUCAUCCGCGCAAAGAAGCGCCGGGAUGCGCAGCAGCGGAAAGCCGUGCGCGAGGGGCGGGGAACGGUGCGCCAACCGAGCCAGGGGGCGGAAGACGGGGGUUACGAAGCAGUACGCAUGUCGCAGGGGUCGCACGAAUCGUCGCAGGGUUCGCAGGGGAUGGGGUCCCAGGGGAUGGGGAUGCAGCAAGGAGCCGCGGGGAUGGGAGGUUGCGAACGUGGGGGAAGCCAGAAAGGGGGAAUCGGGGGAAGCCAGAACGGCUUGCCAGGGGGAACUGGCGGAGUAGCAGCGGGGGAAGAGGGGUUGGGCGGAGAAGAAGAGGAGCGCAUUCCCACGAUUAUCUAUGCGUCGCGCACACAUGCGCAGCUGCAGCAAGUGGUGCGAGAGCUGAAAGCGACCACGUACCGGCCGCGCAUGUGCAUUCUGGGUUCAAGGGAGCACACGUGCGUGCACAGGAAGGUGUCCAAGCUGAAGGGCAAGGCGCAGAACCACACAUGCAGACAGCUGGUCAAACGCCGCAAGUGCCAUCACAACCUCAUGGCCGCAGACUAUGUAAGGAUGAACCCACAGAAGGCAUCAGAGCCGCAUGACAUUGAAGACCUGGUCAAGCUGGGGCAGAUGGAAGGACCCUGCCCCUACUACGUCUCACGAGGCUUCCUGGAAAAAGCGGAGAUCAUCUUCAUGCCUUACAACUACGUGUUGGACCAGGAUUACCGCAAAAACCUCAAAGUGCUCGAGAUGAAAGGAGCUGUACUCAUCUUUGACGAGGCACACAACCUGGAACGCCUGCUAGCAGAUCAGGCCUCUGUGCAGCUCUCCACGUCACUCCUCUCCGCCUGUGCAGCCGAAGCCGCCAAAUGCGCCGCCAUUGCCACUGCCCGCCUUGCCUUUCCACCCUCCAGCAGCCAGUACUCGGAGGGGGGUGAUGGGGGAAUGGGUGGCGGUGGCAAAGGGGGACGGGGAGGAAGAGGGGGCAGAGGAGGCGGGAGGGGAGGGGGAAGAGGAAAGGACGUGAUGGUGGGGGGGAUUGGUUAUGGGAAUGGUGGAGGAGGAAGAGGAGGAGGAAGAGGAGGAGGAGAAGGGGGAGGGGUGAUGGGGGAAGUGCAGCCGGACACAUUCAGCAUCCUGCAGGGGCUGCUGCUGGCCAUGGAGAGAAAGCUCCUUGACUUCCCCAUGCACAGCUUUGUCCAUGGCUUUGCUGUUGCUGCCCGCACUGCUCCUGGCGCUGCCGGUGCUGCUGCUGCUGCUGCAGCUGCUGCUGCUUCUGGUGCUGUUGGUGCUGGUGCUGCCUCUGGUGGUGCUGCUGCUGCAGGGGGCAUGGGUGCUGGAGCAGGGGGCGCGGGGAGUGGAGGCGAGUGGAAGAAAGGGAAAUUGGUGGGGGGAGGCGAGGAGGUGGGGGUGGCGUUUCCAGGAAGCUACAUCUACGAGUUCCUGGCACAGCUCAACAUCAAUCAUGUGACCGUGAUGUCCCUGUUCGCCACUGUACAGCAUGCAUUGCUGCUUCUCACUGAUGGGAGUUACAUCUACGAGUUCCUGGCACAGCUCAACAUUAAACAUGUCACCAUGAUGUCCCUGUGUGCUACUGUACAGCAUGCGCUGCUGCUUCUCACCGAUGAUGCUGCAGCGUUGUCACCAGGCGAAGCAGAGGCAGGUGGAGCAGCAGAGGCAGGCGGGGAGCAGGGGAAUGCGGGCACGGAGGGAGGAGGGGCGUCAGGGCGAGGAGCAGGGAACCCGGCCAUGUCGUUCCGCCUGGAGCAGCUGUGGGCAGCGCUGCAGCUCAUCUUCCCGCCCACUGGACCCACCUCCCACGCCAGUUCCUUCAAGGUGUGCAUAACAGAGCGCAAGGUGAAGGCAAGGAGAAACGCGUCAGUGGCUGCCCCCUCGGUGGUUCGAACGCUCAACUGGUGGUGCUUCGACCCGGGCCUCGUGAUGCAGCAGAUCAGAAUGCUGGGGGUGCGAUCCAUGCUGCUCACCAGUGGCACCCUCUCGCCCCUGCAGCCCUACGCUUCAGAGCUAAGAGUGCCUUUCCAGCAGCAGCUGGAGAACCGGCAUGUGAUAAGCCAGGAGCAGGUGUGGGCGGGUGUGCUGCCGGCCCUCUCAGCAGCUGGAGAACAAGCGUGUGAUCAGCCAGGAGCAGGUGUUGCCAGCUGGCCCUUUCAGCAGCAGCUGGAGAACAGCCACGUGAUCACACAGGAGCAGGUGUGGGCGGGAGUGUUACCUGUGGGGCCAUCAGGGGUGGUCCUCAACUCGGGCUUUAAGACGCGCUCCCAACACGAUUACCUGAACGACAUGGGCUCUGCUAUAGUCAACAUAUGCCGCAUCGUCCCGGGCGGCGUGCUUGUCUUCUUCCCCUCCUACUCAUGCAUGGACUCGUCAAUUCAGGCCUGGCAGCUGCCCCCUGCAGGGCGGCACAAUUCGGCAGCAUUAUCGGUGUGGCAGCGCAUUGGCUUGCAGAAGCAGGCAGUGGUGGAGCCACGGGAUUCGGCACUGCUUGGUGAAGCCAGGGAGGUAGAAGCAGGCAGUGGUGCAGCCAAGGGACUCGGCGCUGCUGGUGCAGGCAAGAAGGACUACGUGAGGAAGCUAGAGGAGGAGGGGUCAAAGGGGGCUGUGCUGUUUGCCGUGUGCAGGGGCAAGGUGAGUGAGGGAAUCGACUUUGCCGACCAUCUGUCCCGUGCUGUCGUCAUCACGGGCAUCCCAUAUGCACAGCAACUCAGCCCGCAGGUGGUGCUAAAGAAGGAGUAUCUGGAUGAGCGCGUCACGGCCCACCAGCACCACCUGAGGUUAACCUGCUGGUUAGGUACGAUCAUCUUGUGGCUUCUCUGUAGCUGCCUAAUGUUAUCAACCACUGGGUCAACUGAUUUACUCCUUCUUCGUCUGCCUCCACACCUCCUCUUCUGCCUCCUCUCCCUCCUCCUGCCUCCUCUCCCUCCUCUCCUGCCUCCUCUCCCUCCUCUUCUGCCUCCUAUCCCUCCUCUUCUGCCUCCUAUCCCUCAUCUUCUGCCUCCUCUCCCUCAUCUUCUGCCUCCUCUCCCUCAUCUUCUGCCUCCCAUCCAUCCUAUCGUUCCUCACCUGCCUCCUCUCCCUCCUCUUCUGCUCAUCCUUCCUCGCCUGCCCCGCGCCACCACUUCCAUCCCACCAGUCGCCAUGCCCCAUCAGGUUUGCAGAGCCCAAGCUCAAGGACCGUCUCUCCAUGUGGAUCCGCCCUGCUCUCAAGGUGGCUCCCCCUUCUCUCUUGCUUUCCCCUUCUGUCUUGCUUUCUCCUUCUGUCUUGCUUUCCCCUUCUGUCUUGCUUUCUCCUUCUGUCUUGCUUUCCCCUUCUGUCUUGCUUUCUCCUUCUGUCUUGCUUUCCCCUUCUGUCUUGCUUUCCCCUUCUGUCUUGCUUUCUCCUUCUGUCUUGCUUUCUCCUUCUGUCUUGCUUUCUCCUUCUGUCUUGCUUUCUCCUUCUGUCUUGCUUUCUCCUUCUGUCUUGCUUUCUCCUUCUGUCUUGCUUUCUCCUUCUGUCUUGCUUUCUCCUUCUGUCUUGCUUUCUCCUUCUGUCUUGCUUUCUCCUUCUGUCUUGCUUUCUCCUUCUGUCUUGCUUUCUCCUUCUCAUUGUCGACUUCUCGCCCGUGUUCCAACGCAAGUGCCCUUUCGGUCCAAACCACCCCCUCCUCCCCACCAACCAUCAGGUCUACAGUCUACACUGGGUUCGGCGAGGCGGCAUUCUCCCUCACCAAGUUCUUCCGCAGCCAGCCCAAUGGAGCCUGCCCCAAGCCCGCCUGCCCAGACCCCACCGCCCCAAGCCCCACCCGUUCGCCCACCCACAUGCAUCCUGCUGCUGCCACUGCUGCUGUCACUGCUGCUGCUGCUCCCACCACCGGCACGUGCCCCAUGACCUCCAAGCAUGCUGCAGAAGCUGCUGCUGCUGGUCUGCCAGGAAUGGAUGUUCUUCCCCCGUUUCCCUCCAGCCGGUCCCUGCUAGACACAGACCCCUUGCUGGUGCCAGCUGCCAAUGAGGUGUCGGCAGCAAGGCGGCAGGGAGCGGGCACGAGGGGGAAAGAGAGCAGUGGCGAUGGGAACGAGGUUGCUGGCAGAGACAGAAAUGGUGCAGGAGGCGUUGACAGGAGUCAGGCGGGUGGAGAGGUGAAGCUUGAGGGUCGCACGGCAGGGAAGAACUCGCGAGUGCCGUCUCUCUUCUCCCCCACCAUUCCCCGCCUGCCUGUAACCUCCACCUCCUCCCUUCUCGCUGCUGCUCGUGCCCACCCUGUUGCUUCUCCUCCCUGCUGCUCCCCUCCCGCGUCCCCUCCUCUCCCGUCUGCUACGAAUGGUGUCUCCCCUGCCUCUCCCGUCAUUGACUUGACUCAAGACUGUGACCCACCCGACCCUGCUGCUGCUGCUCCUCCCUGCUGCUCCCCGCCUGUGCCCUCUGCUUUGCCUCCCGCUGAUCCCCCUGAGGCCGAUAAAGAGAGGAGAGGGACAGGGCGGGCGGGGGGGAAGAGGAGGCGGGAUGUGGAAGAAGCUUUGCAGGAUGGACGGGUGGAGGAUAGAAGUGGAAUGGGAAGGAGAGGAGCAGAGGGGGCAAAAGGUGACGAUGCAGAGAGGCGGAUGGAGGGUGGAGAUGCAGCAAUGAGGAUUGGAGAUGUUGAGAUGAGGAUGAACGGUACAGAUUCAGAGAGGAAGAUAAAGGGUGGAGAUGCAGGGAAGAGAAAGGCGAGCGGGGAAGGAAGACAGUGGAGCGAGCAGCAAACUGAAGCAGACAUAGGACUAGCAGGCGCAGGAGAAGCAGGGAGAGGAGCAGCACUGGGCGAUGGGGAUUGCCUGAGAGACCCCAGCGGUUGUGGCAGCGGGGGUGCACCACCUCGGACCGGAGAUGAAACUGCACCAAUGGGGCAGCAGCGGGGCAGCAGAGGAGCCUCUCAGAAGGAAGAAUCCUCGGCAGGCCCACGGGGUGAAUGUCUAGCACCAGAGGGCCCCCUCAGGAGCAGAGGAGUAGCAAGCUGCCAGGGGGGCGGUGCAGGGAGCAGAAGAGCAGCAGCUUUGCAAGGGAAUGGUGCAGGGAGUCUUGCCACCAGGGACGGGAACGGUGCAAAAAAAAGCCUUGCUGCGAAGGAGGAGGAGAACAGGCGGGCACGCGAGUACCUGAGUGUGGUGCAAACUUCCCUGCCACCGCCGGACUUCCAAACAUUCCUCUGCCUGCUCCGUGAGUUUCGAAAAAGCCGAGCACAGGUUCGGCAGCCCCCAAACCAGCAGCAGCAGCAGCCCGUCUUUUCCUCUGCUUCUCAGCCAGCAGCAGCGGUGCCAGUGGGCGUUGGAGCGGUGGUGAGCGGUGGUGCAGUGUUGGCUACUCGCUCAGACCUGCUGCAUUCACUGGCGUCACUCUUCGCAGCCUCCAACCAGCUCCCUCUGCUCGCAGGGUAG